GGUUCAAUAUGGCGACGAGUGUAUUUUCUGGUGGUGACUCAACCAUAAUCUUUGAAGAUAAGUUGUAACGCCAAGUAAUUCAUUUUCAUUGAUAUGCUUAUGUGCAGUUGUGAUGAUCAAAGACGCUCAUCAAUUCAUUGGAGGUUCAACAGGGAUGAAGGAUCUCCAGAAAACACUUUAUUUCCGUCGGAUGGGAACUCAACGAUGAGCAUGCAUGCCACUGAAAACCCUGUUUGCGUCAGUUGUUUGUGUUCUUAUUGUGUGUUGACAUUGCGAUGGCAAUCAGUUGGUCAUGAUUUAAACACUUUAUCGUUUCCUCCUCUUUACAUUCACUUGAUCAGUCCUAACAAUGGAUGAACAGGCUCUGAAUGAGCUGUUAGAAUGUUCUGUCUGCCUGGAAAGAUUGGAUCACACAAGUAAAGUUCUUCCCUGUCAACACACUUUUUGUAGAAGGUGUCUUGAAGAGAUAGUGAUCACAAAAAAUGAACUUCGGUGUCCAGAGUGCAGGACUAUUGUCACAAUCAAAGUUGAAGAUCUUCCGCCAAAUAUCUUGCUAAUUCGCCUCUUGGAGGGUAUAAAAACACAAGGACAGUUACAUGGACAGUCUACAAAUACUGAAAUUCCCACAAGCAGGACUGACAGCCCUGGUGUCACAAACACCAACUCACAGCCACGACAACAAAGACAGAAUGCCCCGUGUGCAAAAGCACUGUACAAUUACGAAGCGAAGGAGAGUGGGGAUCUGUCCUUCAAGAAGAACGAUGUAGUGAUACUACGGAAGCAGAUAGAUGACAACUGGUUCCAUGGAGAGUUGAAUGGACAGCAUGGGUUCUUCCCAGUCAACUAUGUGCAGGUGCUGGUGGCGUUGCCCCAGUUGCCACAGUGCCAAGCAUUGUACGACUUUGAUCUCAAGGACGAGAAGGAAAAGGAUUGUCUGUCCUUUCAAAAGGAUGAAACUCUGACAGUAAUACGAAGAGUGGAUGAAAAUUGGAUUGAAGGCAGGAAAGGGGAUAAAAUUGGUAUAUUCCCUGUGACGUUUGUUAGGUUAAAUGAUGCUGCUAAAAGUCUGCUCAACUCCAAGCCAAGUGUGAGUAUCCUACAGGCCAGUAAUAGCACCCAGUCAGGGGGACAACGUAACUCUGAUAGCUCCGAACGAACAACAUCAGCGUCAGAGACACAUCGGGUCACCUCACCUUCAGUCACCUCCGUCAACCCAGCCCUGUUGGCUUCUCACCCCACAUCUCAACCCAAACGACAUUCAUUCACCCUAGCACCCCAGAAAUCCUCAUCCCCACCUACCCAGCAUCAGCGGCGCUCACUCGAACUGGGCAGCAGCAGCAGCAGCAGCUCGGGGGCAUUCAAUAUUCCCAGCACAUCAGCUGGGUCUGUGAGUGGAACAUCCACGCCGCCCCUCACUGCUGCCGCUACGGCCGCCGCUGCUGCUGUCGUCACCACAACUAGCUCCUCUACCUCAACUCAGAAAUCGGCACCACAAAUUGCACAGGCAGGAACAGACCCAUCUAGUGGAUCUUCAACCACAACCACCGGCAGUGCAGGAGGAGACAACUCUGUUAUGCCAAGUGGCCUCACACCAGUGUAUGUCGCGACGUACAGCUACAAACCUCAGAAGGACGAUGAGCUGGAACUGAGGAAGGGUGAUGGGUACACCGUGUCGGAGAAAUGCCAGGAUGGCUGGUACAAAGGCCAGUGUCUCAAAACAGGGAGUACAGGAGUGUUCCCUGGAAACUAUGUGCAGCUGUACAGGCACCAGAGUGCGUUCAAGCCAGUCAGUCCCAAUGUGUUGAACAUUCGAGCCCGAGCUCCUCAGACAAACUCCCAUUCUUCUGCAUCCUCUGACUCUAACAACAUCACCAAUCUCGACCUAGGGCGUACCUCUACUUCAAGCCAGUCCUUUCAGUCUAGCUCGAGCCAGUCAGCACCCCCACCUCUCCUCCCCCGAGCACCAAAGACUUACACCGCCUCUUCACCCUCCAGCGGCAGCCAUUCCUCCAGGGCAUCCAAAGCAGCAAUCACAGUUCCACCUCCCGGGUACAACUCCUCCAGUUCUUCCAAGUCCAGUUGCCACGUCUCCGCUUCCAGCCAAGGGCCUGCUCACUCCACCACAACGGUUCAUCUACCCAAACGAGGUAGCCAUUCCUCGUCUCCCAGCGGGGGGUGGAGCCCAUCGAGCCUAGCUGCUAUACAGCAUUCCAUGUCAGCAUCGACCAACAUCACGCCCCCCAACGUUGUGUUGGGAGCCACGGGGGAAAGCCAUCACUCACACUCCAGUAAAGACAAGAAGGAGAAGAAGGAGAAGCAUGACAAGCAUGACAAGCAUGACAAGCACGACAAGCACGACAAGCACGACAAGCACGACAAAGAUCUGAAGGAUCACAAGGAACGGAAGGACAAGGAGAAGAAAAGUCUCGUUAAACGACUUGCCAGUAAAAGUAAAAAAUCAAAAUCCCCAGGCGAUGAUGGUGAAACCUCUGCACUGCUGGAAGGGUCUGUAACGCAUGUCAGGUCGGGGUCGUACCCGUCGGCUGAGAGUGGAGCUGGUGCAUCAGGAGACAGCAGUCAGCACAAGAAGACGGGGUCCUUCGACUCCGCCUCCCCACCCCCAUCCAAGCCGAGCAGACCCAAACCGCUGGCCAGAGAAAAGUACCGCUGCAUCGUGCCGUACCCUCCCCAGACAGAUCAUGAACUGGACCUUCAGUGUGGUGACAUUGUGUAUGUGCACAAGAAACGCGAGGAUGGCUGGUUUAAAGGAACUCUCUCUCGGAACAGCAAGACAGGAUUGUUUCCAGGAAGCUUUGUAGAAAAGUGUGAAUAGACACAUCAAAAGUGGACAGUUUUAUAUUGAGAGAUUUUUAAUACAAUAUCUGUUAACAAACAGAUUGCACAUUUUAAAGCAGUGAGCUGUUGCUUUGACUUUGCUGCAGAAGAAGCUGUAGAGUUGAUA